CAUUCCGGGGUUAUUUUCUGGUUACACACAGUUUCCUUCCAAACAGCUGUUUUACACCUCAGUGUUUGAACAGGCGACUGUUGUUGUCUGCACUUUCUGUGUUGACAAUCUGAGCUCUUAUUGAACGUCGAGUCGUUGUGCUGUGGUGGCUGUCAGUCAGUAACCAUGGAGCCCACCUGUCGCAAAGACAAAGUGAAGUUGAACUCCACUCCUACUCGCGGCGACAGGGCCAAGCAGAAAUCCGCCCAGCAGGAACUGAAACAACGACAACGGGCAGAGAUCUACGCCCUGAAUAAGGUGAUGACAGAGCUGGAGCAGCAGCAGUUUGAGGCCUUCUGUAAGCAAAUGCAGUCCCAGGGAGAGUGACUGACAACCUCCCAAUGGCAGCCCAGGACCAUAAACCCUAACCUUCAGCAGCCCUGACCCACAGUUCAACUACAGUCUCAACCAGUAAAACAAGAGUAUUUCUUACAUAUCAUACAGACACGUUGAACUGUGAAGAUUGCUGAGCGAUUAACCGAGGGGUAAUUUAUUUUACGUUUUUUUAAACAACAAAUUGACCUACUUGGGUUCAAUUAUUUGAAUUCCAUUAUUUUGUUUUCUGUGCACAUUGCACAAUUUCUCUAGAGCUAAAUCAGAUCCUGUUUGAACUGUGCAAUGUAGUAGGGAGUUGUAGUUUCCAACAGACUAAUAUUCUACUUAGUUUUGCACUUAAAACGUAAUUAACUACAAUGACCAUAAUCCAUUGCGCAUUUACUUGUACGGUCUUUCUUUUACACCUGCUACAAUAGAGGCAGAAGAAUGCACAAUCAUGAGGGGGAUAUAGAGAGCAGUUGUUACUUUGAGGUAUCUCUACCUGAAAAUAAAUGAUCUAUUCUAAGUGAUUGAUAGUUGGUAUUCAGCAGUCAUAAAAGUCUGCCUUAUUUACUUUGAAGAACUACAAAAUAUAGAUUUUGUCAAAGCAUAUGCAGCAGCUCUAUAGAGAUGAGCUGUUGACUUGGAAUGAAAUAAGUCAUAAAACAAAUGUAAUAUACACAACUGAAAUGUGAAUAAAUGGUUAAUUAAUGAUACGCAGCAAUGAGCAGUUACUACCAUCAUGGGACUUUUAUUCUGUAUUACAGCAUUCAACCCAAAUAAUCAAAACCGAAAUCCAAAACCUUUUAUUUUUUUUAAUAAUCAAACCGAACCCGAAACGACCUCAAAGCACUAAUCGUUUAGCACUAACUGUGAAUCAUUUGCUGAGGGAUAUUUCCAUCCUGGUCCUGUUAUGCAGUGGUCGCCAUAGACAUGAUAAGAAUGUUGUGGAUCACUGGUGGUGUGCUCUCCUAUUGCCUCUCCUGUCCUCACGCGCUGAAACGGUUGUGUUUUCUGGUAUUUGCAAUGUUGUCACUGCGCCAGUCAAAACAGUUUUAGUGCAUGGAGUGUAAGGACAAUAACACGCAGACAGACUCAAACACUCUGGGGAUACAGCCAUUGGGUAUCAACAUGCUCCAUAAGUUGUCAUAAGUGGACAUGCGUUGCAUUGUGAAUGUGACAAGAUUAUUGGCAUAUUCUAAACUCAGCAAAAAGAAAUGUCCUCUCUGUCAACUGCACUUAUUUUCAGCAAACUAAACAUGUUUAAAUAUUUGUAUGAACAUAACAAGAUUCAACAACUGAGACAUAAACUGAACAAAUUCCACAGACAUUUCUGGGUGGAAUGGACCUAGCCGUCACCCUCUGAUCCAACAGGUCCCAGACAUGCUCAAUGGGAUUGAUACCCGGGCUCUUUGCUGGCCAUGGCAGAACACUGACAUUCCUGUUUUGCAGGAAAUCAUACACAGAACGAGCAGUAUGGCUGGCGGCAUUGUCAUGCUGGAGGGUCAUGUCAGGAUGAGCCUGCAGGAAGGGUACCACAUAAGGGAGGAGGAUGUCUUCCCUGAAACGCACAGCGUUGCGAUUGCCUGUAAUGACAAACUCAGUCCCAUGAUGCUGUGACGGCCCAUCCACCUCCAAAUCGAUCCUGCUCCAGAGUACAGGCCUCGAUGUAACUCUCAUUCAUUCGACGAUAAACGUGAACCCGACCACCACCCCUGGUGAGACAAAACCGCGACUCGUCAGUGAAGAGCACUUUUUUUCCAGUCCUGUCUGGUCCAGCGACGGUGGGUUUGUGCCAAUAGGCGACGUUGUUGCCGGUGAUGUCUGGUGAGGACCUGCCUUGCAACAGGCCUACAAGCCCUCAAUCAAGAUCUCAGCCUAUUGCAGACAGUCUGAGCACUGAUGGCGGGAUUGUGCAUUCGUGGUGUAACUCAGGCAGUUGUUGCCAUCCUGUACCUGUCCCACAGGUGUGAUGUUUGGAUGUACCGAUCCUGUGCAGGUGACGGUACACGUGGUCUGAAACUGCGAGGACAAUCAGCUGUCCGUACUGUCUUGGGUGUUUCACAGUACGGACAUUGCAAUUUAUUGCCCUGGCCACAUCUACAGUCCUCAUGCCUCCUUGCAGCAUGCCUGGGCAUCUUUCUUUUGGUGUUUGUCAGAGUCUGUAGAAAGGCCUCUUUAGUGUCCUAAGUUUUCAUAAUUGUGACCUUAAUUGCCUACCGUCUGUAAGCUGUUAGGGUCUUAACGACCGUUCCACAUGUAUGUUCAUUAAUUGUUUAUUGUUCAUUGAACAAGCAUGGGAAACAGUGUUUGAAACCUUUACAAUGAAGAUCUGUGAAGUUAUUUGGAUAUUUCCAAAUUAUCUUUGAAGACAGGGUCCUGAAAAAGGGAAGUUUCUUAUUUUUGCUGAGUUUAUAUACAGAGGACUGUGUAAUGAAGGUGUUCAAGUCCCAGAGGGCCACAUGGGAUGGCCAGGCUUAUUUGCGCCCCUACAGGACUAGAUAUGCCCACCCGUUGGUGUAAUCUAUUCAUAAAUAUGGAUGUUAUGGAUCUGAGGUGCUACCACAUUUCCACUCCAAGCCAAAGCUUAACAUCACCCUUCUCCCCGUAUUGCCUAAAAGACAAAUCAUGACCAAGAUUCAAAUAUUUAAUGUUCAUCUUUUGUGGAGUCCUAAAGUGAAUGUCCACAGUGCAAAUUAUAUUAUUCCAUCUAACUCUCAUCUACAGUAUGUCAAUAUUAAUGGUGCUUAUGGUUACUGCUUGGUUUUAAACAUUUUUAGACUAGCCUAUUGUUUGUGUACUAGGGCUGUACAGCAAUCUGUAUAAAACAGGCUAAUGUCACUGAUACAGUUCUGUCAAUUACUGUAUCCUAGUUUAAGCUGUCCACUUCCACACCGUUAUAGUGACAAUCUUAACUGUAGGUCUACCACCUUUUAUUGUUCUGUUGGUUCAUGUUUGAUACACUGUCGUUCUGUUUUUAAAGCAUGGUUUUAAUAAAUCUUAUGGUGAUUUGAAAA